CAUGGAGAGCAUCGAAUGACUUGAAAAUAAAGAGUAAGAUAUUUGCUAGCAUGUCCUCAACAUAGCCACUUCAGCCAGGUACUUGUAUGCUGUAUACACUGCAGACAGAGGUGCAAUAUUCAUCUAGUUUUAUCCAGGGUCGGCUUCACAGAAUUUUGAGCGUCGGAUCGGAAGGAAGCUUGAGGGAAGGGAUCAGAUCAGUUAACCUCACGUUGGGAGCGGUUUCGGAUCAUCCCAAAUAAUGUUAUGCAACGAGCUCAAGUUACGCUGAGUUAUGAAAGGACUCCGAUUAUGACAUCAGUUCUUUCUCUCUUGUCAGUUCAUUUUAUUUAAUCAUCCAAGUUGGUCUUGCCUACUGAGGAAGAAGAAAAGCGUUUAUUUGUAAGAGGGUUUUGUUUAAAGAGGAUUUCUAAUGGCCCUGAUCUACCCUGAUACCUCCUUUUGUGAGCAAAGCUCCCGACUGCUAGAAAGUUUGAACGGAGCAAAGCCUACGAUGGCCUUGGAAGACGAACUAAACCAGGAAAAUAUACAAGAAUUACUCAAACUGCUCUGUUAUAUCAAGAAUAAUUCUAACGAGGCGCAAGUGGAGAGCUGCAUGAGUUUACUAGCCGAGGUUCUAGAUGACGAAGAAGUUGAAGUGGAUUCAGAGCCUCUUGAAAGAGAGCAAGCUCACAGGACAAUAAUGUCUGCAAUGCAAGAUUUUAACACCAACCGCAAAAUUCAACUAGACGGCUGUUAUGCGCUUUCCAGACUUGUGUUGCUUAGUCCAAAAGUAAGAUCCGAACUGCAGAAGAAACAGGCUCAACGAUUUAUUUUGAAAAUGAUGGGAAGGCACCCUGACAACAUGUGCCAAGUUGUAGGCUGUAAAUUAUUGUCUGCUCUGUGCACUUCUUCUACGACAAGAAGCGAUGCUGUCGAUAAUGGAGCUAUCGAUACAGUUCUUUCAGCAAUGAGCCAUUUUGGCGAGGACGAGGAGUUUUAUAUUCCCGCGUUUGAAGCUUUGACACGGUUACUGUCAGACGAUCCGAUUGCACAGACAGACUUCAUAAGCAUGGACGUGAAAGAUGUACGGAAAAAGUAUCGUAUGGUGGUAGAAAUCAUGGAGAAACACGCUAAAUCAGGAGAGAUUCAAGAGCAAGGUAUACAGUUGAUGUGUGUUUUGGCAUCUUCAGAACAAAACUGCUGUACUCUUGUUCGUGGGAGAACAUUUAUUGUUGCAUUAGAAGCAAUGAAGAAACAUUGUGAUUGCCCUGGGGUGCAAGCAGCUGGGUGCCAACUCCUGGUACUUCUGGCAGACUUGGAGUCUCACAGGGAGAUUUUAGUUCAACAGAACAUUGUCCUAGUUGUAAUUCUCCAUGCGUUACAGAAUUUUAAGGAUUGCGUUGACAUUCAGAAAAGUGGCUUGACUGCAUUAGCCCUGCUCACGGAGGCACUUGAGAAAAAGCUGCAACACGAAAUACAGAAUUGCAUGUGGACGAGAGAGGUUUUCACUGCCAUGACAAGCCAUUAUGACAACCCAGAAGUCUUACAUGCUGCUUGUCAUGCCCUGCAAGAGUUGAUUGAUGUUUGUCCUGAUGUGUUGGACGAAAUGGGUGAUGAGCCUGGUGAUAGCACCAUUCCUUUACACAGCUGCAGUAUGGCUGCCUUGGUGUUACACAUGGAUGAUCCAGAGCUAUGCGAGUCAUCAUGUAGAGUCUUAGCUUCCAUUGUCAAUAACUCUAGCUCUCUAAGGGAGAAUUUGAUAUCCAAAGGAUUACACUUGAACAUUGUCCAUGCAAUGAAGCAACACAAAUGGAAAGCUGAAGUUCAACAGUGGGGCUGCAGAGCACUGCGAGGAUUGUCAUUGUCUGGGUGUGGUCACAAAGAACUCUUGGUUAACUGUGGUGUUUUAGAGCUCAUCUUCAAUUGUGCUCAAAGGUUUGGAGACCAUGUUGGUGUCCAAGAAGAAGCAAUAGCACUAAUUGCUUGCUUGGCAACUGAUGUUGAGCUUGUCUGGCACCAAAGUGCUGUUGAGGGUGUUCAUUGUAUGAUUUUGAAUGCCAUGGACAAUUUUCCAGACCAGAUAUCCCUGGCAGAGAUCUCAUUAGAGGCUUUGGGUGUGCUUGCUGCUGCUGAAGAAAUUCCAGAUCUUUUAGUCUCUAAAAGUUCAGAUCAUGGUGGUGUGGAUACCAUUUUUAAUGCGAUGAGCAGGCACCUAACAGAACCUGCAAUACUUCAGAAAGGAUGCAUUCUUAUUCAGGUGCUGGCACCUUUGUUGUCAGAUGAUCAUUGUCAAAGGGCAGUGUCAAGUGUCAUUCAGGCCAUGUGCGAGGCUAAGGAAGAUAGAGGUGUUCAAGCAGAAGGCUGCGCAGCCAUGCUGGUCAUUGCUCAAAUAGAUGAAGGGAAGAGUACAAUUUUGGUGAACAAUUGUGCACACGAAAGACUUUUUUACAUUUUGGAAAACUUUUCUGAAGAACCAGAGCUUGUGUUUUUAUCCAGCGAAUGCAUUCGGUAUCUUGGCUGGGAACGGAAUCUGAAAACACAGAUGUUGCUGUCGGCAUGUGCUGGAGGCCUUCUCAAAGGAGCUGACUGUCUGAUAAAGAAGGGUGCAGAUGUCAAUGCUGGUCAUGGCGAGAACACACCACUUUGCCGUGCUUGCCAGAACGGCAAGGAAGAAAUGGUCAAGUUCCUUCUCACUCAAGGAAUCACAGACAUUCAGAGUUCACUAAGGGUUUCUCUUGAGAUGGGUUAUAGCAACAUUGUGGGACUGCUUCUGCAGCAUCUUGGCCAUGACAAAGAAGCUGGUAUCAUUGCAUUCAGCAACCUUAAUUUGGGUAAUUUGCUCCCGCAGUGGAUGUCGCCUUCUCUAGCUGGUAGUAAGUACUCUCCACCAGUCCUUAGUACUGGCUGGACUGAAUUCCUGGACGAUGCGGAGAGAACAACGCAACUAAGAGCAACUCUAAGUAAUCGCCUUAGAAGAAAAGGGAGUGAACCAAUCUUAAACAAGCCUUUGGAUGGUAGCUUAACUGGGUGGCAGGCGGACAAAGCAAGUGUCCCUUCUAGCAUAGAUACAUUAGUGGGCCUGGAGCAUGAGUCAGACAAUGAUUCUGAUUCCGACUCUGACAUUGAUAUGAAUGUUCCAGAAUUAACUGAAAAAUCAGCAUUGCGGGCACGUAGCGUCAGUGGAGCUUCCUUCCCCUACAGCUCACAUGAUCCUCGUGUUGUGUCUCCCUUUUCAGACAGGAACUGCGUUAUUUUACCCAGGAGUGCUCACAGCAGGUCAUUUGAUGAGUACCUGCCAGAAUGUAGGCGGCCCAUGCUGAAGAGGCGUGCACGCAGUGACAUAAUUCCUCCGGUCAACAGUGUAGAUGCCUCUUCUUAUUCUACAAAGGUAUCGCCACUGCCAUAUACCGACUCUGAACAGAUUGGCAGAAUAACAGAACCCGAAGAAGACGUGCCUGGUGUGUUUGAAAUGCCCAACAAUAGCUACGUGUACAACUGGGAUCCUCAGCAGGGUUACCGAGUACGGUCCCUGAGUACAUGCAGUGAUGAGUUUGACAGUGGGAGAUUCUUUGGCCAAUGUGCAGACAGAAGAAGGUCAAGGACUUGCGAGCCCUUUGAAGCAAAAAGAAAGCGAAAGCAGUCAAUCAGAGCUAUCUCUGCCAAGGCAACAGUGCGAUUGAUUGAUGCUUCAAGCAACAACAUCUUGAGCCUGGAGCCACUUGCAGAAGCCUCUCCACUUCUCCUUGCAUAUCUGGCUAAAGUCGAGAAGCUUGACCUGAGUCAUAACCACUUGUCAAAAUUUCCGUCUUUGCUUUGUGAUGCUAUGCCGCAAUUGCGAUAUGUGAAUCUGAGUCACAACGAGUUUUCGAGUUUUCCUUACUGCUUUAUCCAGACAGGGGUGAAAGUCUUAAACUUGUCACACAACAAGAUAAAGAUGGCCCGGCCUCGACAUCCUGGAGAUAGCAAUGUUAUGCUUGAGAACUUGAACUUGUCACACAAUGAGGAAAGCUGUUUCCCUGAGUGGUUGGGAGAUAUAUUUCCGGCAUUAACAAGUCUGUAUGUGGUGGACAAUAACAUGACAAAGCUGCCGGAUUCUGCUUUGAAACUACGGCGACUGAAAACUCUCGACUUGUCAAACAAUCAGCUCUCGGAGAUUCCUCGUGAAUUCGUUUCAGAAUGUCUUUCUCUUGAAACUCUUGUGGCUUCAAACAACAACUUCACAACGUUGCCAGAGAUUGUGGCGCCGUCCUUGACAAAUUUGAAAACGGUUCGGUUAAACAAGAAUAAACUUGGGGGGCAGUCUUCAAAGAAACAAUUUUCAUUCCCGCGAUUUCUUCUCAAACUCCCCAAUGUGAAAGUUGUGGAUCUUUCAAGUAACAAUCUGGAGGACAUCCCACCUCCUAUUUCCUGGUCUACACAGCAGCUGAAAGAGCUCGUUCUUGCUGACAACAAGAUUAAAAAGCUCUCCUUGGAGGGUGCAGAGAAGUGGGCAUACCUCGAAAGGCUGAAUUUAAGCGACAACUGUCUGAAGUCAGUGCCGGGUAGAAUUGGUGAAUUAAAAUCACUGACCUCCCUUAAUUUGAGCCGCAACACUGGUAUCACACACUUGCCGGAUGAGAUGGGAAGAUUGUCCAGUCUGUGGGACCUGCAGUUGGUUGGCCUCAAGCUUGAUCUGGACUCAGCUAUUCUAGAAAGCAGAGCUCAGGAACUCAUAGGAUUCCUGCACUCCAGGCUCAAGAAUUCCGUGCCUUAUUAUCGUAUGAAGUUGGUUGCUGUUGGCCAGGCAGGACGAGGAAAGACGACAUUGUUGAACCAGCUACAGGAAGAUAUUGCUUCAGGACCACACCAUGAUGUAAUGGCGAGAGAAUGGUGUGUCAGAGAUACAAAAGCUGAGUGCAAAGUGUGCCACCGCAAGAGCGUGAACUAUGUCAUCAACACAUGGGAUCUCAAAGGACGUGAUGACUUGUACAGCGCUUAUCAGUGCCUCCUGUCAUCAAGGACAUUGUUUCUGGCAGUCUAUGAUGUGAGCAAAGGCACCAGUGAGAUCGAUUCUCUUAAGCCCUGGCUCCUCAACAUACAUGCCUGCGCACCAGAGGCGUCAGUCAUGCUUGUGGGUACUCAUAAGGAUAAGGUGCCAAAGGACCAGGUCACCGAGUUGCUAAAUGAGAUCAAGGUAAGGGCCCUUAGCAUGUGUGCUGGUGCUGGCUUGCCCCAGGUCAAGAGCCACGUGGUACUUGACUGCACUCAAGAAACAUCAGGAGUGCAGUCCCUCCGUCAUCGGAUCAUGCAGCUCAUCCCAAAAUGCAAGUGCAAAGGCCAUUCGUUGAUUGGCCCGAGAGUGCCACAGAACUUUGUGCGACUACAAGACUUGAUUUUGCAUCUUGUCCACGCCAGAGGACAUGAACCACCAAGAAUCUUGAAAAUGGCCAGCAUCCGAAAGCUCAUUCAGGACAAUGAAUUACUCAUGGAUGAUACUGAGCUUGAACAAGCCAUUAGGUUCAUGAGUGAAGCAGGAGUCCUCAUCCAUGUUGAUCAUCCAGCUUGCCAGUUGGACGAUCUCCUUUUUGUUGAUCCCCUGUGGGUGUUCCAUUUGUUUGCUCAUUUGGUGACAAGAAAAGACAGUAAGAACACCAAUGGCAUCCUUGGUUUGGAGGAUCUCGAGAAAUUGGUCAGAGAUGGAAGUUGUGUAGUUAACCUGACUCCCGAUCUCAUGCCACAGAUACUAAAGCUGCUUGAACACUACUGCAUUGUUCUCCCACUGAGAGACGACAAGUACCUUUUGCCAUCUUUGCUCAGCAAUAAACAACCCUCAAUCAAGAUUCCAAACCCGGGACGUAAUGUGUUCGUGAGCCGCGAGUACAACCUGGCUUAUCUACCCCCCAGUUUCUGGCCGCGCCUUAUUGCAAGAGUCCAGACUUUCGUGGUGGACUUGUAUAUGGACCACAGGGUCCACUUGGAGAGCCCGCGUGAACCACAGGUCCAACAGUGGAAUGAAGGUGUCUUCGUCUACUGGACAGAGCAGGCAUUCUUUGUCAUAUCGCACGGUUUGACCAAUCCCUGUGCGGACACUGUGGUGAUUACAACGCCAAGUACAAAGCAUGGAGCAAGAAUUCUCGCACACGUGGUUGAUCAUUUGGACACGCUGCUGGAGGAAUGGUUUCCAGACUUGUGGGGAGUGGAUCCACAGGAAGGGCUACCUCUUGUCAAGAAGCAGGCUGUUUGUCCUGUGUGCAAGGGAGAAGACACUCAUACUUUCGCCCUUGACACCAUAGCUAGGGCGAGUGACAAUGAAUACAUCAUGUGCCCCAACACGAAACUGCUGGUGUCGCUGCGUCAGAUAGCGCCUGAUGUGGUCCUGGAAGAUGUCGGUGAACAGUUCAAAAUUGAAGAGAGUAAACUGGUGCUGGAUACAACGCGUACCUCACUGCUUGGAGACGGCAGCUAUGGCGCGGUGUACAGGGCUCUCUAUGAUGGAAAGUCUGUUGCCGCCAAGGUGUUUCAUUCCGGAAAUGAGUGCAAUCCUCACACGUCACUUCGACAGGAAGUCAUGUUCCUACGGAAGCUGCGCCAUCUGAGUGUUAUUACCAUGGUGGGCGUUUGUGUGAAGCCGUGGUCUCUUAUAAUGGAGCUGGCUCCACUGGGAUCACUGAGUACGCUCCUAAACAGAGGGCAGGCGCUCAGCAAAGGAAUCCAGCACAGAAUUGCCUUACAGGUUGCAGAAGGCCUCACAUUCUUACACCAUCACAUGAUCGUGUACCGUGAUCUAAAACCCCACAACAUCCUUAUCUUCUCCCUUUCUCUCACAAACUUGAUCAACGCCAAGAUAUCUGAUUACGGCAUCGCUCGGUAUGCCACUCGUUGCGGUCUGACCGCCACUGAAGGUACGCCGGGCUAUCGAGCACCCGAAAUUGCUCGCGGAGACAUCGCCUACAACAUGGAAGUCGAUAUGUAUUCGUUUGGCAUGUUCCUGUACGAGCUCGUGACUGGAGGAACCAAGCCGUUUGAAGACUUGCGUUUCCGCCACGAGCUGGAUGCAGCCGUGUUGAAAGGACGGGCCUUAGAUCCUAUCACGUCAUCAGACUGCCCUCCCUGGCCAGACAUGGCGGAUCUUAUUGCGCAUGCUCUUGAGCCUCAGCCGCAUAGAAGAGCUACCGCUGAACAGGCCUACUCGCGCUUGUGUGACCCCGAGCUGAUCUGUUUGAAGCGUGACAUUGCCGUGUCCAAGGGACAGACAGUAGAGUGCAUGACCGUUCGUCACUUUGAAGAAAAAGACACACCUAAAGUGGAGGUGUGGGUGGGCAGUGGACAGUCGGAUAACUUCAGUGGUCAGGUCACCAUUAUCGACCUGUCAGACAAUGGAGUGGAGGGCUGCACGGGCACAUUUAUCCGAGACAGACGGGUGAAGAGUAUCGUAGCAGUGAAUGACGACACCGUGUUGGCCGGCACGCAGUCUGGGAAAAUCUGGGUUUUUGACGCGUGGAAUCACAAGUGCCAGUUCUCCCUUCCUCAGCUUCCUGACGCGGUUCUCUGUUUGAGGCACUACAAGGAUGGAGCCAAUGACGUGAACGUGGACGUUGUACUGGCAGGACUCGCUAACGGUCAGUUAGCUGUUUAUCACACACACAGUGUCAAGAAAGAAGAUGCUCAACCCAAGUUUUUUGACCUGUGUCACAGCAAGAUCAUUGGAGAUGCCACCUGUGAGGAUUGUCAAGCCCAUCCCUUGGCUUGCACGGCUGUUGGCAGAAAGAGGUUGUUCUGCGGGUGCGGUAACGAAAUAGUCGUUCUCAGAAUAAAGAAGAACUCGGAAAUUGAGAUCGAGCGUCGAUGGUUUGUCGAGGACAGAGCAAAGGGACUUGUUUUGAACAUCGCUGUGGGCUCAACGUUUGUUUGGAUAUCAACUCGUGAUAGUCCGGUGAUCGAGUGCUGGGAUUUCUCCAAAACUAAAUUCCUUGGCUCUGUUGACUGUCUGACAAUUCUCAGGGACAGCGGCUACACUGGUGACUUACGCGAAACACGCGUUGUCAGCCUUCUCCUGUCGCACAAAAUUCUCUGGGUAGGACUGGGCACUGGUCACGUGGUUCUCGUAGAUCCUUCAACACGAAAACACUUGACCCUUAUCCACCGUCACGUGUCCGCAGUGAGGUGUAUGGCAGACACACGGGGUCCUACAUCGCCCAAGUCUACUUCAUUAGUGUUGACCGGGGGUAUGGGGUUCAUCGAGAGGCAUGGUUGCGAGUGGAAGAGGCCUAACUCCGAGUUCGGUUAUACACUUGUGUGGGAGGCAGACUUCAUGGAACAGGCCAAGCAUCUUGACAGCCACAUACGUAGAAGGAGGGAACUGUCAAACACGUUAGGGGAAAUAAAGUACAAUUGAAAACAAGUCCUUCAUGCCCCGCCGUGCAAGUGCAUUUACAAGUCCUCGUUGUCUUGUUUUUUGAUCAUGAUAUUAUAAAACUUAAUAAAGUAAUCAAUAAUAACGAAUUGAUUCGAAAAAUAUGUAGAACUUCAUAUCCUUUGUUGAUAGCACCACUGAGUUUGUUUUGUACUAAUAUAAAAAUGAUUACAAGGUGAGAGCUUUUAUUGAGUGAUUGUUUUUCAGAUUGCUUUUAAAGAACACUAUUGUUAGGCUUUUUCAUGGACAUUUAAGAUGAGAUUUGAUUACUGUGAUGUAAAUGUUACUGGCCAACCUUUUUUAAUUUUAGGAUACGAAGGUGCUGUGUAAAAAAAAUCGUUUUUAGAAUUAGGAAGUUGCACUUGAUCAUCACUGUACCAGUGGUAUCAGAGUUGUGUUUUAAAUGGUUGCUUUAGAGAAUUGAAAAUGAACCAAACUUAUCUGAAUUUUUCUCGGUUAUAAAAUAGAAAAAAAGAAGGAAUGAUUGGCAGAAAUAAUUAUAGCUAAACUUGCGAUGUGUAGUGAAAUUGUGCAACAAAAAGCUACGGGAUCCAUACAAGAUAGAUUACCUUAUUAUUAAAUAGGAAAAAGAAAGGAAUAAUUGAAAUGAUGAAAUCAAUGAAAUAGUUAGAGCUCAACUUGUGUUGUGUAUAUGAAAUUGCAUAGAAAAUAGUAACAAAAAAAACCUACAGGAUCCAUACAAAAUAAUAAAUAUUGUAUAGAUAAAUAGACAUUAAAAGAUAUCUAUAAAUUCAGUUCACGUUGA